AUGAAAAAAAGAGUCACGAGGUCUCAGAAACGAGACGAAAGCGAUGAAAACGACCCGUUUUCGACUAUUCCUCUGGAACUGAAAGUCGAGAUUCUCAUGAAGUUGCCGCCGAAAUCAAUAGCCAUGCUCUCUUUCGUGUCUAAAAACUGGUCCUCGAUAAUCCGCAGCAAAGACUUCACUAACUUGUACCUGACUCGAUCUUCGACUCGGCCACGUCUUCUUUUCUCAGUCUACCUUCCCGGUGACGUGCAGACGCGGUUUUUUCAAUCCUGCUCUCAGGAGGAUCCGUCUUCUUCUGAUCAUCAUAGGGUUAGUUAUACUCUGACUUCGGAUCCAAGGUAUAGUUUUUCUACACCCAUCCGCGGCUUGAUCUGCGGUCGAAACGGUACUAAAAUGAUAAUUGGAAACCCUAGCACGGGUCAGUUCGUAACGUUACCAAGAGUCAAAACGUGUAGACAAGACAUACUCUCUGCUUUUGGAUAUGAUCCUGUUAAUGAUGUGUUCAAAGUGUUGUGCAUGACGGUGACGAGUAGACGACGUCGAACACGACAUGCUUUGUCGAAGGAGCAUCAAGUUUUCACUCUAGGGCCUAGACAGAAAUGGAGAAUGAUGGAAUGUAAGUAUCCACAUCGUCAUUACUCUAAUUCUAAAGUGAUAUGCAGGGACGGUGUUUUGUAUUAUUUAGCUUCUUUUAAGGAUAAACGAUCUCUAAUAAGCUUCGAUCUGAGAUCUGAAGAGUUUGAUGUUACUAAGCUACCCGAGGAUUAUACACUGCAAGAGUUUGGUAAUCUGGUGAAUCACACUGGAAAGAUAACCAUAGCGAGUCAGGCAUAUAACGGCACAAUCGACCUAUGGGUUCUGGAAAAUACCAACAAAGAAGAAUGGUCUAAAGCUGCUUCCGUGGCUCCUUCUUGGACAGAUAUAGCUGGGAAUGAACACUUGUUCACGUUCAGGGGUAUACUUGGUACUGGCGAGAUUAUACUUGCAAUGCUCGCUUGCCCUAACCCCUACUUUUUUAUUUGUUACGAUCCCAAAGAAAAAAUUGUCAGAAAAGUUUUUGUUGAAGGAAUUGGAGAUGACUCUGCUGCUAUCCAAGUCUUUUUCGAUCAUGUAGAGAGUCCUAUGUUUCUCUGA